GAGGGCUGUAGGUGACUGUUCUCUGCGGGGCUGAGGUCCGCAGAGCCUUCCCCCAGGGCAGGGGCAAACGGCCCCCUUCCAGGAGGGAGCCGGAAGAUUAGGCAGCUCCAUGUAGGUCCACAUGCAGGUGAACAGAACCCACCAUGAGGAAGGGCAAAAAGAAGAAGCCAGAGUCCAGACGCCGCGGCUCCACACCCCAGCACGCCAGCUCGGAGUCGUCCACACCCCAGCACGCCAGUUCGGAGUCGUCCACACCCCAGCAUGCCAGCUCGGAGUCCAACCCUCGGCCCAGCCCUGGAUCCACCCUGCAGCCCAGCUCUGGGUCCAUCCCCCAGCAGCCUGCACCCCAGGCUCUCCCAGCUCCAGAAAGCAGACCCUCAGCCCGGGCCCCUGCACCGGCCCUGGACGGGUUGCCUCCGGACCCUACCACAAAAGCACCCUCUCGAUCCAGGAAAUCAGGGUCUCUGACUCGUGCGGGGCCGCGGGCCUUCUGUUCCUGUUCCGCUUGCCCCGGAAGCUCCGCUUGCUGGCGUCGUCUGGGCCUGUGUCACAGCCGCAUCUUUGAUGUCCUCCUUCCUCUACCCUGGCCGACCAUGCCAGGAAGAGGAUUUCCAAGCCUCCUCACUUUCUACAGGAUCGAUGUCAACACGGAUACUGCAUUUUGUCAAAGCCUUCCUCGGGAGCGUGAUCAUCUGUUUUCCUUGCCCGUGUGGUGGGCGUCAUAUGUUGUUUCUUCGGAUUCCUCACCCCCAAAAUGGAGUCACGUGACACAACCCGCUUCACAUGGUGGUUGUCAGGCUUGAGGAAGACGCUGGGUAGAACCUGCAAGAAAACACUCCACUCAUCGUAAUUCACGUGCUCCAAGCUCUCGGGCCUGCCGCUGUGGCUCUGGGAGCCCUGGGGGCUGCCUGUUACAUCACUGAAUCCUUGUGAACAAACCCCAGGCCCGCGGCCCGGCAG